GAAAUAUUAAUGAAGUAGAAGACUUGCGGGCAGUGUCAGCAGGAGUCGAUUGUGAGUUCAGUGAGUAGUCUUCGUUCGGACACGUCUCAACUUGUUUAAAACAUUCUCACAAAGACAAUUUUGUCUUGCUUGAAUUUGGUGGCAAGCUGCACCCAUUUGGAGCAACCUUUUAUGAACCAACACUGCCUAAUCUUAACCAUUUAUCUAGGAUUUCUGAUAAUCCCUCAAAGCGUUUUGUCUUGUGUUCACUACGAGAAUCGGUAAGUUUCACUUUCUUUUAUUCUCUAUUUUCAGUAUGGGUUCUUUCUUCGAAUUUAUUUGGGGUUUAAUUUCUGAAGAACUGAAACUUUAAAUUUCUGCUUGGGCGCUGAGAAGUUGUUGGAAAAGAAUAGAAAAGGGUUAAAUUUUGGUUUUUGAUAUAGAGUAUUUUGAGAAAAAAAUGCUUUAUUGGAAGUUGAAGAUAAGAAUUUUGACUUAGUUUGCGUGAGUUUAUGUUACGCGUCAGUUUAGGUUUACAGAUCAAAGAUAUUGUGUUCUUUCUUUUGUUUUCUCAGCAACAAAACAGUGUGUUUCGACUUUUUUUUUUUCUUUUAAUUGGGAAUUCGAUACAGAAUUAGAGGAAAUGGCUUCAUUUACUGAACUGGGUUUUGCAUUUUCUCCUUCUUUUUCGAUACAUCGGUACAAAUUUCUUGCUCCUCACGUUCAUCUUUCUUUUUCUAUAAAACCCUCUUCAAGAAUUUCUACAAGAACCACGAACCACCAUAAACCUUGUUUUAUAGUCACUAAGCUGAGUAAAACUCGAGAAUUGAGGUUGCGUAAAUCAGUUGAAUUGGACCAAUUUGUGAAAAGUGAUGAUGAAGAAGAAAUGAGCGAAGAGUUUUUUGUGGCAAUUGAAGAGCUAGAAAGAAUGACAAGGGAGCCCUCUGAUAUAUUAGAGGAAAUGAAUGAUCGUUUAUCAGCCAGAGAACUGCAGUUAGUGCUAGUGUACUUCUCUCAGGAGGGGAGAGAUUCAUGGUGUGCACUCGAGGUUUUUGAGUGGCUUAAAAAGGAGAACCGAGUUGAUAAGGAAACCAUGGAGCUUAUGGUUUCAAUAAUGUGUAGUUGGGUUAAGAAGUUGAUUGAUGAGGAGCGUGAGGUUGGGGAUGUGAUUGACCUUCUUGUGGACAUGGAUUGUGUUGGGCUGAAGCCAGGGUUUAGUAUGAUUGAGAAGGUGAUUUCAUUGUAUUGGGAAGUGGGAAAGAAGGAGAGAGCAAUUUUGUUCGUGAAAGAGGUCUUGAGACGGCAAAUUAGUUAUGCUGAGGAUAAUGGAGAAGGACAGAAAGGAGGACCAACCGGAUAUCUUGCAUGGAAGAUGAUGGUUGAGGGAAACUACAAGGAGGCAGUCAAUAUGGUGAUCCACCUUAGAGAAUCUGGAUUGAUUCCAGAGGUGUACAGCUACCUUAUUGCAAUGACAGCUGUAGUUAAAGAGCUAAAUGAAUUUGCAAAGGCUUUACGGAAAUUGAAAGGUUAUGCUAGGAAUGGUUUGAUAGCCAAACUCAAUGCCGAAGAUGUGAGACUUAUUGAAAACUACCAAUCAGAUCUUCUGGUUGAUGGGGCACGCUUGUCUAGUUGGGCAAUUCAAGAGGGUGGUGCUUCAUUUAAUGGGGUAGUUCAUGAGAGGCUUCUUGCAAUGUAUAUCUGUGCUGGUCGUGGACUUGAAGCUGAAAGACAAUUGUGGGAAAUGAAACUAGCGGGUAAAGAAGCUGAUGGAGACCUUUAUGACAUUGUUUUGGCUAUCUGUGCUUCGCAAAAAGAGGCCGGUGUCAUUUCAAGGUUGCUUACGAGACUUGAAGUUAUGAACUCUUUGCAAAAGAAGAAAACUUUAUCCUGGUUGUUAAGAGGUUAUGUAAAAGGAGGACAUUUCAGUGAUGCUGCAGAAACACUGACUAAAAUGCUUGAUUUGGGUUUGUAUCCGGAGUAUUUAGACAGGGUAGCUGUUCUUCAGGGACUGAGAAAAAACAUCCAACAAUCAGGGGAUAUUGAAGCUUAUCUUAAUCUUAGCAAGCGCUUAUCUGAUGCAAGUCUAAUCGGAUCUUCUCUUGUAUAUCUGUAUAUAAAGAAAUACAAGCUCUGGAUAAUAAAAAUGCUGUAAGUCACUCAGAUGACAGCCAUAAGAUUCCUGAUCCCAGAUUUGUAAGGGCAAUCUGGGAGCUUUUUCAAUUUGAUUUUUGUAUAGAUAUGGAUGGCUUCAGGAGCAGUGUCUCCAUCUUGGGGUCACCUAAAUACUAGCAGAUUUAAUGGCUGCUGUAUACAUAAUGUGGAAUAUACUUGGAUAAAUAAUGACGGUAAAGCUACAUAUUUGUGCUGUGUGUGUGUACUCAGCAUUCUCCGCUCUAUAUUAGCUUGAAAUGUAUCAUGUUCUCCAGUGUUUCUAA